GGAAAAGGGGAUAUAUUCUCUAACGAUGAAAUAAAUAUUGAGGAAUUUAAGUUUUAACCCUUUCAUCUCAACCUUUGGCUUUAGAAAAAAGAAUAAUUGGUGUUGAUUACCAAUUUAUUUAUAUGUUAGACGUCGAAAAUCAAAAUAUUUUUAGUUCAAAUAUUUUACAAAAAACAUUUAAUUUAUUACAAAAAUGUUGGGAAAAUAAACAGUCAAUACUUGUACAUUGUGAAAGUGGAAUAAGUAGAUCAGUCACAAUUAUUAUUGCUUUUUUGAUGAAAAAAAAUAAUUGGAGUUAUCUAAAUUCUUUUAAUUUUUUGAAGGAAAAACAUUCAAUUGCGGGCCCAAACAAUUCAUUUAUUAAACAACUUGAAUUAUUUGAGAAAAUUGGAUUUACUACAGACCCAAUUAAUUUAAAAAAAUCAGAAAUAUUUAGAGAUUUUGUUGCUUCUAAUGGAUAUUUAUUUGAAUUAAAUGAUAAUACAUCAAAAUAUAAUUUGGAAGAAUCUUAUUUAUUGUCUUCAAAAAAAUUUUCUUGUAAAAAAUGUAGAAAAAUUCUCUUUUUUGAUUUUAAUGUUUUAAAACAUUUUUCGGAUAAUAAAAAUAUUUUUUGUGAAUUUGGAUAUUUAAUUACUCCGAUGGUUUGGAUGGAGUUGGAUGAAUUAAAGGGAAAGAAUCGUAGUCAAGUAUUUAUUCAAUUAUUUAGUGAGGGGAGGUUUAGAGACCAGAGUCAAUUUGGAUCGGGGUUUCGAAAAUUUGUCAGAUCGGAUUUCGGAUAUCCCGGCCCGUCCAUAGUCGGAAUAGAGGAAAACGAGGAGACAAUUAUUUAUCUGGACAUGUUUCCUAGUUUUGAAUUUUGA